AUGGCCACUGAAACUCAAACACAGCCAGCGCAAACUCCAUUAGAGCCUGAAUCUCAAGCUCAAGCCUCAUAUCCUCGCGACCCUCUACAGCUGAAAGGCGUUCUUGAUCAGUAUGAAUCCUUUGACGUUACUCCGGUCAUUGGGCGUGAGUUCAAGGAUGUAAAUCUAGCAGAAUGGCUACGCGCUCCCAAUUCUGAUGAGCUAAUUCGAGAUCUUGCUAUUACUAUCUCUCAGCGCGGCGUCGUCUUCUUCCGCGCACAGGAUGAUCUCAACAACGAUCUCCAGAAAGAGCUCGCUCAACGUCUUGGCGAACUCUCAGGCAAGCCAGCGACUUCAAAAUUGCACAUUCACCCUGUCAUCAACUCUGGCCGUCGUCUCGGUGGAGGCGACAAUGAGAUCAGUGUCAUCAGCUCUGAGCAAGCGAAGGAGAUUUACUCUAAGCGUCUCCUCGACUUCUCUGCGAAGAAACAGAGUGCAAAGAGCGGCUGGCACAGCGACAUCACAUUCGAGCCAAUCCCAAGUGACUACGCUCUUUUGCGCCUGACUGAGUUGCCCAAGACGGGUGGAGAUACCCUCUGGGCCUCCGGCUACGAGCUCUAUGACCGACUCUCCACCCCUUACCAAAAGUUCUUCGAGUCCCUCACUGCCACCUACUCUCAACCCGAAUUCAUCAACGCCGCUAAAGAAAAGAACUUCCCAUUGUACACCGCCCCGCGCGGCGCACCUGAGAACGUCGGCGACACCCUAACCACCACACACCCCGUUAUCCGCACCAACCCCGUGACGGGCUGGAAAUCCAUCUUCGCCGUCGGCCACCACGUGCAGCAGAUCAACGGCCUGACCAAGGAAGAAAGCCGCACUGCGCUGGACUGGUUUGUGUCGCUGAUUACGGAUAAUCACGAUUUGCAGGUCAGACAUAGGUGGCAGAAUGUGAAUGAUUUGGCGAUUUGGGAUAAUCGGAGCGUGUAUCACACGGCGACUUUUGACUAUGCGGGACAGGGACCGAGGACGGGGCAGCGCGCGGUGAGUUUGGGGGAGAGGCCGUAA